GCAUAGCGCCAUCUGCAGUUCGGAUGUUCCGAUCAGUAUCAUGACAGGCUCACCAGACGGAGAGAUGUUCUGACGAAGUUGGUUACAUGUCGCACUGUACGCAUGUUAUCAAUGAAGAUUUUUGGUCCGAUUUUGAAAUCACCUGCCAGCAGCCACGUUGUUUAGAAGACGAACGGAUGAAAAAACAAAUUUAUACAAUGCUGACAGAAGAAAGCUCAAGGCCUUUGAACUGAUGUGAACAUUCUGUAGAAUCAGAGUCCACUGGAUGGAUAUUGCCGAAGAGGAUCAGUCAUGCGGUGGCCAGCUGCUUUUCUCUUGCUUCGACUGACAUCUUGCAUUAUUCUUCAUGGCUUGGAUGUCUCUGUGUCAGAAUUUCAGCCAGCAGUUGGAUGUCCAGAAAGCUGUUUCUGCUCAGAUAUGGUUAAUGGUGGGCUGGUGGUUAGUUGUAGCAACAUGCACUUGCUUACAGUGCCACAUGGGUUUCCAAACACAACACAACAUCUUUACCUGGAUAACAACCUGUUGGCUAUCAUACCAUCUGAUUCCUUUAUAGGCCUGACAAUGCUAUGCGGGCUGGAUCUUUCCCACAACAGGCUGACCCACCUCGAGCCCGGAGCUUUCCGAGGUCUGGCGGACUCGUUGAUUAGCCUAGAUCUUUCCUCCAACCAGCUGGAGACACUGGACCCGGAGGUGCUUGGUGACAUCCGGGCCCACACAAAUCUCUCCCAUAACCCUUGGCAGUGUGACUGCCGUCUACAGCUGGCUAUGCCACAACUGCUCCUAGACCCGUCCUCCCUCGCUGAGGUGGUGUGUAACAGGUCUGAACCGGAGGAGUUGAGGGCUCAAGGUUUGCCUUUUAUUCUGGUAGCGACUGAUGUUGACUUUUGCAGGGGAUUCAGGAAGACCACUGACGUGGUUAUGCUGAUUACAAUGUUUGUCUGGUUUACAAUGGUUAUAUCUUACUUGGUUUGCUACGUAAGGCACAACCAGGAAGAUGCACUACGUCAUCUAGAAUACCUCAUGUCUCUCCCAAAAAUACAGGGUAGAUGAGAGCAGUCACUUAGCACCUGGCUGUAAAUACAAAUAUGAAGUUGAUAUUGUUUACAUGGAAUGCCAUAUUCUCAGUUAUCAAAGUAAAGUGCGAUUUUUUUAUAAUUGUACAGAAUUUGUCCAUUUACUCUAAUGUGCACAAACGUGUUGGCUAUUUAAGUCAAAGUAAUUAUUACCAUAAUAUACACUCACCUAAAGGAUUAUUAGGAAC